AUGGCUGAAAUUUCAAAAAAGCCUGUCCUUGAUGAGGAAUCUCCUGAAAAAUUGAAGGAUGUACAAGCCGGCACGGUCACCGAUCUUGACGAGGGAGAGUUGUUUCUCCAUGAGCAUGGAUUCUCCCAAGAGACCCUUCAAGAAAUGCUCGAGGAUGAACCACGAAAUAAAGCCUUAGUCCGCAGAGUCGAUCUCAUUCUUUUGCCACUUCUUGCUGGUACCUAUACACUACAGUACAUCGAUAAGUCAGCGCUAGCCUACUCAGCAGUAUUCGACCUCCUGACAACGACGAAUAUGUCCAGUAAUGAGUACAGCUGGUUAGCUAGUAUCUUUUACUUCGCGUAUCUUAUCGCCGAAUACCCUUGGAAUCUUCUCGCCCAGAGAACAAGGCUGGGGAAAGUUGUAUCGGGCAAUAUUGUGGCAUGGGGCUCGAUGCUUAUGAUUACCGCUGCUUGCUCCUCUUUCACCGGCAUGGCAAUCUGCCGCUUUCUUCUCGGCAUUUUCGAGGCGCCUAUCACACCGUGCUUUAUGAUGAUUGUUGGCAUGUGGUAUACGCGUGCACAACAGCCAUUCCGUGCUGGAGUAUUCUAUAGUUGCAACGGAGUGGGCGCCAUGAUUGGUAGUCUCUUGACUUUCGGAAUUGGACAGAUCAAAACCAUUGCGGUAUGGAGAGCCAUAUACCUCAUUCUCGGCGGAAUCACAAUCUGCUGGGGGGUCCUGAUGUUAUUCUUUCUUCCGGACGACAUCAUAUCGGCUAAGCGGUUCAAACUGGACGAGAAGGCUCUCUUGAUUGCUCGCAGUCGACUUGGUCGAACCGGCGUGAUCAACCACCACAUCAAAUGGUACCAGAUCCGAGAAGCACUUGUGGAUCCUCAAAUUUGGAUAUUGUUUUUCUUCACUUUAUUGAAUGAAACAAUCAACGGUGGAUACGCAAACUUCGGAAAGCUCAUCAUCAAAGGGCUAACCAAAGACCCGCUCACCACGGUUGCACUUGGAAUUCCCCAGGGUGGUUUUCAAGUGUUUUGGAUCCUAACAGGAACCUUUCUUGCAUCUCGUGUUCGCAACCUGCGUACCAUCGUCAUGGCCAUCUACCUAAUCCCAACAAUUAUAGGUAUCUGCUUGAUGUGGAAGCUAGAUCAUGACAGCCACAAGAUUGGAAUUCUAUUCAGCUACUAUCUCAUUGGGGCUUACGUUUGCUCCUUAGUACUGGCACUGCAGAUGCCUGCUACAAACCUGGGAGGCUAUACCAAGCGCAGUACUGGCGUUGCACUGGUCUUUCUGGCCUACUGUGCAGGAAAUAUCAUUGGUCCCCAUGCAUUCCUCGCCAAAGAGGCCCCCCCUGUACCAAACUGGCUGCAAAGUGAUUCUGGCUUAGAUGCCGCAUCCGAAAAUGAGGGAGCUGCAGGCAUGGCGGUACUAGAUGAGCUGGCUGAUCUGACCGAUUUCGAGAACCCAAACUUCCGAUACGUACUUUGA